AUGCAUGAUGUUGAGAAGGGCAAGAAGAUUUCUGUUUGGAAGUGUGCCCAAUGCCAUACUGUGGAAAAGGGAGGCAAGCACAAGACUGGGUCAAAUCUCCAUGGCGUGUUUGGGAGAAAGACAGGUCAGGCACCUGGAUUUUCUUACACGGAUAUCAACAAGAACAAAGGGAUCACCUGGGGAGAGGCUACACUGAAGGAGUAUUUGGGGAAUCCCAAGAAGUACAUCCCUGGAACAAAAACAAUCUCUGCUGGCAUUAAGAAGAGUUCAGAAAGGGCAGAUUUGAUCGCUUAUCUGAAAAAAGCUACUAGUGAGUAA